AUGUACAUCCCAAAUGUGAGGUUCGGGCCUCCGCUGAGUCCAGCGCUUCGGGGCACUCCAGUCGCCACGGCCGACCGAGCGGCCACGGUUGCCGCUGCAGCCGCUGCUGCAGCCUCCCCAGCUGCCGCCUGCGACUUCCAGCCAGACGUGGACUACUUCCUCCUCGCAGGAAAGGGGAAAGAGGAGAUGGUCCGGGCCAACUCGAACAAGGCAGAGUGCUGCCAGCUCUGUGCGGAGAAGAAUCGCCUCGCACCGGUGGCAUCGGCGAAGCUUUUUGCUCGAAUGGCCGCCGGCUCCCUGCAGCUUUCGGCCCUCAAGGCCUACGCAAAAGCUGGUGUCACAUCCUGCUUUCCACCCGGGCAUGGGGAGAUACCGAAGGUGCCAACAACGCCACCUGUGGACAAUUCUGCAGUGUCAGACCACGACAAGAGUCUGGCUUUGUUGGUAACUUCAGCGAACACGCAGGAACUGCGCGCCAACGCCAUCCGAGAUGCGAUUCGCCACGCCUGGUCCUCCUACAAGACCCAUGCCUGGGGCAACGAUGAGCUGCUACCCAUCGCUGGCAAGGGUCGGAACCGUGGCUUCAACAUGGCGGUGACGAUGGUGGACUCUUUGGAUACGCUCUGGCUGGCUGGUUUAAAGGACGAGUUCAUCGAUGCUCGGGACUGGCUGGCGGCCCACUUCCACAACAAGAUCAACGCCAUAGGCAAGACGGUCUCUGUUUUCGAGACAACCAUUCGAGUGUUGGGUGGCCUCCUAUCUGCUUACGAUCUCUCCCAGGAGAAGAUCUUCCUUGACCUGGCUGUGAAGCUGGGGCAGAAGAUCUUGGGAGUGGUGACUGCCAGAGGAGUGACGCCCUACACCUUCGCUGGUGGUCGUGGAGGCAGCUCCUGCCCAAGCUUGGCGGAGUCCGGCACGCUGCAGCUGGAGAUGCGAUACUUGUCGCAUGUCACUGGCGAUGCCAUCUUCGCGGCCAAGACCAUGAAGUUUUAUGAGACUGUUCAAGGCUACCAGGCCAUUGAUGGGUUGUGGCCCAACUGCUUCGAGCGUGGCAGAGGGAAAAUCACCAUGGGCGCUGAUGGCGACUCGUUCUACGAAUAUCUGCUGAAGGUCUGGAUCCAAGGUGGCAAGCGGCCGGAGGAAGACUUCCUGAAAGGAAUGUACGACAAGGCCGUUGAGGGCAUGGAGAAGCACAUGGUCAAGAAGGGGGCGGAUGGGCUCACUUACCUGGGUACAGCCACAUGGGACAACCACGGCGUCUCGUACGUGCCGGAGAUGGAGCACCUCACCUGCUUCGUUCCUGGUUGGAUUGGUCUCGGAGCGCAACAACUGUCAGAGGAUCUUAGGCAGCGUCGGAUGAAACUGGCGGAUGACAUUGCAUACACCUGCUGGCAGAUGUACGAGAAGCAGCCCACAGGCAUCGCUCCGGAGAGGGUCAAGGGAGAGGCCAUGGACCUCUCCAAGACCAACACCAAGGAGUACAUCCUUCGACCAGAAGCUUCCGAAGGUUGGUGGUACAUGUGGGAGCUGACCAAGGAGCCCAAGUACCGCGAAUGGGGCUGGAAGACGUUUCUCGCCUUUGAGAAAUGGCUUUGGGUCCCCCAUGGGUAUGCUUCCUUGAAGGAUGUGCGCCAGACCUCCAAGACCUACAUGGACAGGAUGGAAAGCUUCUUCAUUGCGGAAACCUUGAAGUACCUCCUUUUGCUCCAGGACGAGACUCAUGGGAUGAAGCUGGACCGCUAUGUGUUUAACACAGAGGCACACCCUUUGUCCAUCCUGGAGUUUGCCCCAAAGCCGUGA